AUGGAUAACGCUGAACCCAGUACAUCUGACGGUCGAAAAGGACGAAAUAAGCGUAAAAGAGAUAAUGCAGGUGCGGGCUAUUGUGGGCUGACCCCGGAGGAAGUCCGAAAUCAUUCACAAUAUCUUAUGAGCUCCGAUGAGGAUGAGCCCGAAGAUCCCUUUGCUGACAGUGGAAGCGAGUUUAUUUCCAGCUCGGAAGGUGAAUCUUCAGAGGACGACUACUUGCAAGUGUCUGAAGGUGAAGACAACAAGCAUGAUUCAUCUCAAACGCCGGUCUUGGAACCUGAGACAGCAAUGGACGAGAGAAUGGAUAUUAUUAGAGAACGUACGAGGUUAGAAAUAAAAUGGACGGACAAAGAGUUUAUUCCGCAAGUUUUUGCAUUUGAUAGUACUAAUAGCGGAUUAAGAAAUGUUAGUUUUAAUGAUCAAAGCAGUGAAGUAGAUUUCUUUUUGAGUCUUUUAUCUGAAAAUAUUAUGAACGUCAUUGCCAUCGAAACAAAUAGGUAUGCCAUUCAAAGAGAUGCACCUAAGUGGAAAAGCGUUGCCAUUCCAGAACUUUACGAAUUUUUCGCUGUAACUCUGCUUAUGACACGUGUAAAGAAACUGAAUAUCAAAGAGUACUGGACCCAAGAUAUCUUACUCAGCACUCCCGUUUUUGGACAGACUAUGUCAAGAAACAGAUAUUGCGAGAUACAUCGCUAUCUUCAUUUCGCUAAUAAUGAGGAGGUAAAGCCUCACAAUCUGGGGAAUUUUAUCCUUUCGAACAUUUGGUUAUUGACGAAAGUAUGGUCCUUUUCAAAGAUCGCCUCAGUUUUCGUCAAUACAUCAAAACAAAAAGACAUAGGUUCGGAAUCAAACUGUAAGUCUUGUGUGAUUACUGGCAUCGUCUUGGAUUUUAUAGUGUACGUAGGCAAAGGCACACAAGAAGAUACUCGUGGAUUGGGUGCUACAGGUGAAAUUGUCAGUAAUCUAUUACAACCAUACAUGAACAAGGGUCAUUCUCUUUUUACUGACAACUUUUAUACCAGUCCAACUUUGUCAACAUUUCUAUUUUAAAAUAAAACCAAUUCAUGUGGGACCGUGAAACAAAAUAGGAAAGAAAUGCCAAUUUUAGACAAAAAACUUAAGAGGGGUGAAUGUGAUUGGAGAAGCAGUGAAAACAUGUAGGUGGUUAAAUGGAAAGAUCGGCGAGAUGUCACUAUGCUGACUACACUACAUGAGAAUAAAAUGGUCAGUCUUCCAAGGAAGGAUAGGGUCACAAAUGAAAACCUUCAGAAGCCAUUAUGUGUCUUGGAAUAUAACAAGCAAAUGGGAGCUGUCGACCGAAGUGAUAUGAUGAUCAGCAGCAUUGAUUCAACGCGCAAAAGCAUGAAAUUAUAUAUAUAUAUAUAUAUAUAU